CUGGGAGGAGCUAUAGAAUGAAGCUGGUGGGAAACAUAUAGUAUAUAUAGGUAUGACGCUUAAACCUGCAUCAGUCUGUCACACCUUCUCUCCUUCUGAGGCCAUCAUCAGCUGCCAGCGUCACCAUGCGAGCUAUUGUAUUGCUGUGCCUGUUGGAAGCAGCCUUCGUCCGGGCCACUGAAUAUUCCUGGAAAACAUCUGGUACAAAUACAGAUAGUGCAAGUGUCGAUCCAAACGCGGACAACGCAUGUGUUACAGACCAGGCAUCGUGUGGAUGCUGUCUGAUGCAGCAGCAGGUUCACAGGAUGAAGACGUUCUUUAACAUGAGCCUCACUGAGCUGGAGAAGGAGCUGAUGAAGACAAAGAGCAUCCUCAACAAUGUCAGAGCCAGUCGCAGUGCCUUCUCCGUCUCCCUAACCAAUGAAGACAAACUGAACUGCUUUGGCCCCUUCCGCGACGACACGCUCAUCACCUACAAACAUAUUUUCAUCAACCUGGGUGAUGGCUACAGUCCGGACACCGGUAUCUUCACUGUUCCACGCUCUGGUGUCUACAGCCUUGCCCUCACCAUCUACAGUGACGCUGGUUCUCCUGGUAACACUCUGGCCGCCUGCGCCGGUCUGCUGGUUAACGGCCAGGUGGUGGCAGGACCCAGAGAAAAAAAUAUGCAAGAUCAAGAGGACAGUGCUACAGUUGUUGUGGCCCUCCACCUGACGGCUGGGGACCAGGUGGCUGUCAACCUGCCCAUUGGAUGUUUCCUCUGCGAUGACAGCAGCCACUAUAACACUUUCACUGGUUUCCUGCUGUAUGCUACUGACUAAGCUAGGGAAGUUGUAGCUGCUCUGGGAUUUGUACCAACUCUGGCAUUGUUUGAGUCUGAUACAUGAAAUAUUCCCGUAGCAGCAGCUGUGUUUUGUAGCUCUUUAUCUCUUUGGUCUUUCUCACCCAACAAUGCUCUCAAAUUGCUGGUUUUAUUUCAUCAUCUUCCACUGUCAUCA